GGCGGGGGCGGGGGCAGCGGCCGCCGGGCCCCCGGCGCCAGCCUGCCCGAAGCCGCCGCCCGCCCGCGGGGCCAUGAGGCGGCCGCGCAGGGUGGCGGGGGCCCGCGGGGCUGCAGCAUGAGCGGCUCCUGCCUGGGGCUUCGCAAGGCCUGCUUCCUGCUGUCCGUCAGCGCUGCCGCCCUCCUCCUCCUGCUGCUGCCGCGGGGGCAGCCCCCCGCCGCGCCCCGCCGCCGCCCGCCGCCCGCCGCUGCACCCAGCGGGCCCCCGCCGCCGCGGGCGGGACCCGGGGGGAGCGGCGCGCCCGGCACACGGGCGGGACCCCGCGGGGAGCCGGGCGGCGGGCCGGGGGCCGGGCGGGGCGGCGGCCUCGCUGGCAGCCCGCAGCCUGCGCGGAAGGGCCGGUUUGGGCCUGCCGGGGGCUCGGCUAGGGAGAGCCUGGAGCUGAAGGACAUCUUCAUCGCGGUGAAGACCACGAGGAAGUACCACAAGAGUCGGCUGGACCUGCUCCUCCAAACCUGGAUCUCGCAGGCGUGGGGACAGACGUUUAUAUUCACGGACUGGGAGGAUCAGGAGCUACGCCUGAAAGCAGGGGAUCAUAUGAUCAAUACCAACUGUUCUGCUGUCCAUACCCGGCAAGCUCUCUGCUGCAAGAUGUCUGUGGAAUAUGAUAAAUUCCUGGAGUCUGGGCAAAAAUGGUUUUGCCAUGUGGAUGAUGACAACUAUGUGAACCCUCGGACUCUCCUGAGUCUCCUUUCUGCCUUCUCGCACAGCCAGGAUGUCUAUGUGGGACGACCAAGUCUGGACCAUCCCAUUGAAGCAGCUGACCAUGUCCAAAGUGAUGGUUCAAAGACAACCGUGAAAUUCUGGUUUGCCACAGGUGGAGCAGGGUUUUGUAUCAGCAGAGGUCUUGCCCUGAAGAUGAGUCCCUGGGCCAGCCUGGGUAAUUUCAUCAGUACUGCAGAAAGAGUGCGUCUUCCUGACGACUGCACUAUUGGCUACAUCAUUGAGGGGCUGCUGGAGGUAAAGCUACUGCACAGCCCAUUGUUUCAUUCCCAUCUGGAAAAUCUGCAGAGACUACAAGGCGAGUCUGUACUGCAGCAGGUAACCCUAAGUUACGGAGACCCUGAGAACAAACACAAUGUUGUGAGUGUGGGAGGAGUGUUUGGCCUUCAGCAAGAUCCAACCCGAUUUAAAUCUGUCCAUUGUCUGCUUUAUCCUGACACUAUUUGGUGCCCUGCUAAGAAGAUGUCAUAAUUCUUGACCAGUCAUUGACAUCUGUAUCUUACCUAGUUUGCGUAAGACAGGAAUUGUGGUGGACUUUUGGUGUGUUGGUUAUUUUGUUUGUUUGUUGGUUUGGGGUUUUUUUUUUGUUGUUGGUUGGUUGGUUUUUGUUUGAUUGUUUUGUUUUUACUUUUUGUUUUUCUUCUGGGAGACAACCAGAGGUAUCUACACGAGAGGCAUACAGACUCUGUUUACAGAAAACAAGAAGGUGUAGUUUGUUCAGCUGCAGCCUGGGACAUUCCAAGAAGAAUCCUUGUUCUUUUGUCCAGUGGCUCUUCGUAUAAUGACUACAGUCAUACAUGUACAAGUCACUUUACACUUUUGUCUGGUGUCAUGUGAAUCUGUCCUUGGACACAUCCUAGGGAAAUGCAGUAGUUGGAAUAAUAGCAUUCUUACUACUGUUAGGGGCUUUUAUUAGAGGCCAUUGUCUUGAUGUUGGAGUGCUAUAGCAAACUGUAGUCCCCAUGGUGACAAGAGAGGGGAAGUUUUCACUUGUCUUUCUUGGGAACAGAAUUACUUAAGAGCUUCUGUGGCCUGCCAUAUUAAAACUCCCCCUGCGGGCCAGAACAGGGUCUGUUCAUAAACACCAGAAAUCCUGGAAUCGCUAGGGUAAACAGGGCUGAAGGCCUUUGUCAUGGGAAAACCCUGCAUCCUUACAAGUAAGCUUACUCAGGAAGAGUUGCUUACUGUGCAUGUUCUCCCCUGUAGUCCUUGUGUACCUCCCAUGGAGGUGAUUGUCAGACUUGGUUCUCGUACCAGCUGAAUUACAGUGGUUGGUGGUUAUGAUGGUGGUCUGCCAGGUCCAAUACUAUUUCCUUGAUUGAAGAAAUAUUUGCCAGACUAGAUGGUAAUUGUUUCUCCUGCUUUGCCCACAGAAGGUUGUAUGAGCUAGAGCAUGUUCAUUGGCUGAUGAAACAUGCCCGGUUUCUGAAGUUGUGCUGUACCUCUUGCUGUCUGUGAGGGAGGAGGAAUGCUAGAUAGCUGUAAUGCCCUGAGGAGGUUUUUUAUGGUGUCAUUUGAGGACCUUUAAUUGUAUGACUGUGGUUACUCCACUUCAGAUAAUCUUGUGAUUACCUUAAGGUCUAGGUCAGUGUUUCUUUUUACUCUUUAACAUUUCGAUAAAUAGUUCAUGCAUCACUAAAAGGAGGCCACACACUCACACAAAGGCAGCUCAGUGCUGUAGCAGUAUCACCUGCUGUUGCUUUUUAAAUAAAGUAAGCUUGAUAGUGAAAGUGGAAGAAAUGGGGCUCCAUAUGUUUACUUUCCUAUUAGACCAAACUUUGAUCAUGUGCAAUCCCUACCUGACAUGAAGAACAGCCUAAAAAUGGCUUUGCAAAAUCACUGUUUAAUCUCAUAAACUCUUCAGAAAAUACUUGCUAGUUUAGUGCUAGAGUCUGAGGCUGAAUUAAGGGGAGAAUAAUAGAAUGACAUUAUAUAACCUGGAACUGUGACUAACAACUAGAAUGUGGACCUAACAAAAGUUUCAGAUGUCUAAACAGCUGUGCUGAGCUGUACUGUGGACUUCAGCUAGUUACUUAACUUCCUGCCAUUUGAAAAAGUGGUAUAAUGUAGGCAGAUGCCUACAGUGUAUUCAAGUAUGAAACUUAGCAGAGGUGCCAGCUUCAUGAAAUGCACUGUUCCCUGCACUCUGUUUUUAACACAAACCUUCCAGCAUUUACCUGGGUACAUUGUCCUCUCCACAUGAUUUUAGUUAAUCCCACUGAGGAGCAAACAAUCUGACUGCUGCUUGCUAUAGCCAUGCAGCUCAUUCUUAAAUUUAUCCCUUCCUUCAUGCCUACUAAAGUGACCAUGAGGUAUCAGAGUAAGAAUGCUGCAGGAAAUUAGAUCAAAGUCCAGCUAGCACAGUGACUGUUCUGUAACCGGUAUACCUGUAACACUGACAGCCCAUUACGGAAAACAGAGAAGGACUUCUGGAAUAGUAGGUUGUGGUACGUUCUACCUCUUUAUUAGGUCUUCUGCUCACUAGUACUGAGGCAUCCUGUGAUUUAAUGGUUUGCCAUUAAAAGCUUUGGAGAUUCCUGGUAUCUAUAUAAAUAUUUUUUUUUUUUUAACACUUGUUAGGUUCUUGUUUUGAACCUCCUGUGGCAGUAAGCUGUGAAACUUCAUGAGCUCUUGAUGAGAUUUUUGUCUUCAAACACUGAUUCUAAACUCUUCUGUUGGAGCUUUUCUUCCUCUUCCACUGAUAACAGCCUCUUCUAAGAUAUCACAGAUAGCAUGGACUGGGUAGUGAUUAUGUGGCAAGCUGCAGUUCAAAAAUGACACCACUCCAUAUGGAUGGCAGCAAAACUGAGUAGUAGAAGUUUCACACUGUAGUCACUGGUCACUCUAAAGUAGGUGUGCCAAAGAGGUAGCAUACUCUAAGCUGGUAGGAUGUUUAUUAAACUGAAAAAGGACCACACUUUCCUGUGUGGCAAUACAGAACUGUUCAAUGUGUUCAAGCUUCUUUUAAGGUUUCUUGUGUUGACAAUACAGUAGGCUAUGUGGAUAUAUCGGGAUGCAGCUUUUUACUCAAACUACUGUCUCAUACAUAAAAUGAUUCUACAAAAUAAAUAUUUAAAUAUGUCAAA